UAUGCCUGCUGUGUGCUGCGCUGUGGGAUGCCACAACAAUCGUCGAAAAAAUAAAGAUAUUCGCUUGUAUUCCAUCCCAAAAGAGCCAAAACGCCGUCUAAUAUGGUUAGCUGCAAUCAGAAGAGCACACUGGACUCCAACAAAACACUCCGUGUUGUGUAAUGAGCACUUUAUAUCAGGUGAAAAAAGCGAGAACCCUAUGAGCCCUGACUUUGUGCCAUCUGUGUUUGCACACACUUCAGCUGCACAGAAACAACGAAAUGUAUACAAACUGAAGAGGUUUGAGCAAACUCAGGCACUCAAAAGAAAGAGGACUCAGGCUGUAGAUGAAUCCCAUACCACUGUAGCCAUUAAUAAUAAUGAUACAGACUUAGAGAAGACAGACAGGUAUGAUGAACACAGCUAUGCCACUACUGUGCACUCUCCACAAACUUUCACGACCUGUACCAACACGGCGUGUCAAGCUACAGUGAAAGCAUUAACUGAUGAAUGCACAGCAUUGAGAGCAGAGGUCACUCGUGUCAAAGAAAAAGCAGACCGCAUGUUCUUCGAGUCUUUCAAGAACAGUGACAAAAUGGUGCGAGAACUCACUGGCCUGCCAUCUUACACGAAAUUAAUGGCCGUGUUCGCUUUCCUCUCUGGAUUUCUAAGGGAUAGUCCAGGGUUGACUCCCUUCCACGGCUUUUUAAUUACACUAAUGCGGAUUAAAUUAAAUGUACCAUUAUGUCUUUUUGUAAACAUGUUUCAUCUGUCAAAAUCUACUGUCACUAGAGUGUUUAUCAGUACUUUGGAUGUAAUGUAUUGUAGACUCUCUAGAUUCAUUGUUUGGCCGAGCAAAGAACAACUGCAGAUGAGUCUACCGAUGUGUUUUAGAACAAAGUUUAGCAAUUGCACAUCCAUUAUUGAUUGUUUUGAAAUAUUAAUAGAAAAACCAAACAAUAUGAAUGCUCGUGCUGAGACAUACUCCCAAUCCCAGCAUCAUAACACAGUUAAAUAUUUGAUAUCCAUCACACCACAGGGGGUUGUAUCAUUUGUAUCAAAGGGCUGUGGUGGUCAGACAAGUGACAAGGACUUAACUGAUACAUGUGGAUAUUUGGAUAUGCUAUCACCUGGAGAUGUGAUACUUGCCAACAGAGGUUUUGAUAUAAGAGAAACUGCGGACUUGGACUCGGCUCACCGGAAGAUACCGGCAUUCAUAAAAGUGAAAGAGCUACUGCAUCCACUUGAGUUGGAAGAAACAAGUCCUGCUGCUGUCCGAAUGCAUGUAGAGCGAGUUAUUGGCCAGGUCAAGAAAAAAUACAAAAUUUUGCAGAACACCAUCCCGCGUUCUCUGUGUUACUCGGCAAAUGAAGGACAGCUGACGACAUUUGACAAAAUUGUCACAGUUUGUUGUGCCUUGAGAAAUAUUGGUCUCUCUGUGGUUCCUACAGUUUAAACCACCCAAUCUUUUUUGAUUGUAAAAAAAAUAUAUAAUAAUUUUAAAGUGUUGAAUUGAUUAUGACGUAGUAAUUUUGACAAAAAAAUAAAAAUGUGU